AUGGCAGCCAACUUCGCACCCUACCAAGACAUCCCCGAAACACAACGCGCCCUCUCCCCACCCCUCGCAUCCCCGCGCACCUCAGUCGACCGCACGCGCAACAUCUCCUCAAUCGCCUCCCCCUCAACGCGCGCCUAUGAGCAACAUGACUACUUCGGCGCCGGCAAUGACUCUCCAGACACCGAGCACAUAGCAUGGAACACACCUGCAUCGUCCCAACCGCUCGGCUUCGGCGCUGCGCGGGAGGACGUCGACAUGUUCACCACGAGCCUUGGGCUACGAAUGGAUUACGAAGCAUGCCUGGCGUACUUGCUGCUGCCGCCCGCGGGAGGUGUAUUGUUGCUUGUUAUGGAGCAUCAGAGUGAUUAUGUGCGGUUUCAUGCGUGGCAGAGUAGUUUGUUGUUUGCGUUUAUCUUUGUGGUGCACAUCAUCUUUAGUUGGUCGAGCUUCAUUAGUUGGGUUAUGGUGGUUGGGGAUGCGGGGUUGAUUGGAUGGUUGACGUGGAGGGCGUAUCUGGAUGCGGCGACACUUGAUCGAUACGAAGUGCCCUUCUUUGGAGCGAUGGCGAACUCGAUCCUGGACGACGAGUAG